CUGUGUGUAAAGGCGGAAAUAUGAAAGGCCAACUGUAAAACAGUUUUUAUUGGAAAACUUGUAGCCUAAACGCCUAUUUUUAUUGCGUAUGCUUAUUAGGCUAUACAUGCGCGGUAAAUUACUCAGCCUAUCUUGCUCCAGGUUAACUCCUAAAACGGCAUUAAUGAGUGGGCCAGUAUCUCUCACCAGUAUCUCUCCCAUUGAUGCACAGAUUCGGUUAAGACAAUUCGACUGAAGCGUGACAGAGAAGGGGGGAGUCCCCCUCGAGACAGUUCCUUUCACAGGGGUUUUACCUGUCGACGCUCCAGGCGGAACGCUUAAAUACGCCGCCUCCCCUUGGGUCUAGCCUUCAGUCCUCCGGGAGAGACUGACCGAAACAGACGCUUUGAAAGGAACCGCAUGUUGUUGAUGAUAGAAGAAGAUACCAGGAUUCGUACUCAAAUAGAACGGAUUAUGAACGCUUUUGGACAGCAGCCAUCCAACGCGCAGACAAGCCCCAUUCAGCACCACAGCGCACAGGAGCUCCUGGAUAUGGCCGUGUACUGCGAUAACUUCGGCAGCAUGUACCAGCACCAGCAAAACAUCCAUCAUGGUCACCACCCGCAGAGGCCGCCGGCGCAUCCUCCAAGCUACGGCCUCGGUGAGUACACCUCGCCGACCACCAACCCGUACCUGUGGCUAAACGGACCGAGCAUCGACUCGUCUCCAUACCUGACGGGAUUGAAUGGAGCAUCGUACAUACAGUCUGGAUACGGAGCGAACCAGCGGCAGUUCCUGCCCCCUCCUACGGGGUUUGGUGGAGCUGACCUCGGAUGGCUGUCGAUCUCCAGCCAGCAGGAACUCUUCAAGAUGGUUCGACCUCCUUACUCUUACUCAGCGCUCAUAGCCAUGGCUAUCCAGGGCGCCGGGGACAAGAGGUUGACGCUGAGUCACAUCUAUCAGUAUGUGGCAGAGAAUUUUCCGUUUUAUAAGAAGAGCAAAGCUGGGUGGCAGAACUCAAUCAGACACAACCUGUCACUGAAUGACUGUUUUAAGAAGGUUGCCCGGGAUGACGAUGAUCCUGGAAAGGGGAAUUACUGGACAUUGGACCCAAACUGUGAGAAAAUGUUCGAUAACGGCAACUUCCGAAGAAAGAGAAAGAGACGAGCUGACUUGAACGGAGGAGACACCAACAACACUGUUAUUCCGGUGAAAUCAGAAGACACUGCCGCCCUGAAGCUCUCCGACACGGCCAGCAUCAUGAGUUCAUCCCCUCUCCAGAACUCCCCUGGUUCCUCCGAGCCCAAAUCAUCCCCGUCACCGUCUGUGGAACACAGUCCCUGUUACAACAACUUUGUCUCCACUAUGAACACGAUGCUGGCGGGGAGUAACAACGGCUCUACCCGGGAGGGGGGCAGGGGGGACUUUGGUUCAGGAGGACAUGUUAUGGGGGAAUUGUCGCCUCAUCAGACCCGAGAGAACAUGUCCGGACUUGGUUCAUACUCGCCCUCUCAAAUCACGCCAUUGAACAGUGAUACCACUCACCUCUCCACAGCUAAUAGAAUGAACUACUACACAUCAGCACAGAACAAUCACAGUGGAGGCCUGGGCCUCACCAACUCUCUCCCAAACCACUUCAGUGUUAAUCAUUUGAUAUACAGCCGCGAAGGAACCGAGGUGUAAAGGCAGUAGGCUAUAAGCCUUGUCUUAAUUAUGUCAGAUAUAUGUAGAUAAUAUAAUGCAACUCGUUGGCAUUCUUGUAUAAAGUACUCAGUGAGUACAUCAAUUACCAUGAUUAUUAUACACGUUACGCAUUCCAUAAUAAGAACGUGUUAUAGCAAUGUCUUAAAUAUACUUUCUCGUGAUUGAAUCUGGAUUCAAAGUGGGUCGAAACUACGUUCGACUUAGCAUUUUAAGAGCAUAAUUAAGACCAACGUUGUUGUUUUUAUGCCCAACUGGAGCCCUGGAAUGGGUGUUGCCUCGGAAUAAACAUUUACCUGUACUCUUGUUCCUUUAACCGUAUUUCUAUUGGCCUUAUGUAACUGCGUGGAUGACGUCACAGUGCCUUUCGGAAGAUCUUGUAUUGUUUUUUUUAUAAAAUAGAACACUAUUACUACUGCUACUGCAGAUAUAUGUUUUGUUAUGUAGCCUAAAUAGUAGCCCUCUUUGGACACCACUUUGUGUACUUUUCUUUUUUUUUGAAGGAAUUGUGUAUGUGUGUGUGUAUAUUUUAUUUAAGUCUAUUGUCAAACGUUUUGAAUAAAUGCAAUAUCUGAAAUGA